CUUCUAUUUGUGGGAACUUUUUUUUCCCAAACUUUUGUUCCGACAACAAGCCAUCAACCACCACCAGAACUCGAAGGCUUCAGUCUCCGCCCAACUUGCGGUUAAAGUGAUUGAUUUCUCGUGUUCCUCUUGAACCUCCUAAAAAACUUUCAAAAUGAAGCACCUCGCAGCUUACCUCCUGCUCACCCUCGGCGGCAACGCCUCCCCCUCUGCUGAGGAUGUCAAGGCUGUCCUCAGCUCCGUCGGCAUUGAGGCCGAGGAUGAGCGUCUUGAGAAGCUCAUCUCUGAGCUCUCUGGCAAGGACGUCAACGAGCUGAUCGCCGCUGGCUCUGAGAAGCUCGCUUCCGUUCCCUCUGGCGGUGCCGGUGGUGCUGCCCCUGCUGGCGGUGCUGCUGCCGGUGGCGCUGCCGCCGCUGAGGCUGUUGAGGAGAAGGAGGAGGAGAAGGAGGAGUCCGACGAGGAUAUGGGCUUCGGCCUUUUCGACUAAGCGCCCUAUUUCUAAACAGGAUCCGCAAAGUUACGACCCUCUACGAAUUUCGGAAAAGUCACGAGCAUGUUGUGCGGUUAGCCUUUCAUGGCUCUGGUGGCGUGGGAGGAUUAAUUGCUCAUGGAUGGCACGGCGGCUGUUAUAGGCUGAACUGAUAGGUCCAAUCAUGAAAUUGACGACUUGCCGUUUUCUCCGAAUAUCUGCUCCCCUACUCUG